AUGGCACCUCUGGUCUCCGGGCAGCCAAGAAGCUCCUCUUCUCGCUGGGGAAGGCAGGAAUGUCCCAGCGCAUCCCCCACCCACCACAGCGCGGCAAGGAUGCAGGGAAGCCCUCCCUCCUGCCCGGGGCGGCGAGCGGGAAGGGGAGACAAGGCUCAGAGCACACUGAAAACCGCACGGAAAGGGCCCCGGUGUGCCUCAGCCGCUGCCACGGAGGCUCCGAAGGUUCGGAAGUCUCAGCGCGUCCCUCUCUGUGUCUGUGGCCAUAGGGACACCGCGGGCUGCCGGCCCCGCGCUCUGCCCGCCCCGGGCCCGCUGCUGCCCCGCGGCGCUCGGGUUUCCCCUGUCCCUGCCCCGGUGACUCCUGUCCCGACAGGUCCGGCAGAGCCGCCCGGGACAUGCUGACCUAGGGCACGGGCGCCUGCCGAGCCCAGCCCCGGCUGCCGGGGCACGGGAUCUGCGCUGGAAGAGACCCCCGAGGAGCCCCGGGCCAGCCCCGUGUCCCUGCACAGCUCCCACCCCGCCAUGGAGCCGGCUCCGGAGCUGAAGAGGAAUAGUUUCCCCAGCAUGAACUUUGAAGCAGAGAUUCUGACAACUCCACACGAUAAUUCAGAGCUCUACACGAUCCCUUCCAUGAGGAGCCUCACGGCUGAGGAGUAUGUGGAGGCCUUCAAGUCAUUCUUGAAUCACUCAACAGAGCACCAGUGCAUGGAUGAGUUCAACAAGGAACAAAUGCCCAACAUCGCGGCUGGUCUCGGCGCUGGAAAAUCGACCAUCAGCGUCCUGGGAGUUGGGAGUGGCACAGGUGAGCAGGAUUUAAAAAUGAUCAGGAUCCUGCAGGCAGUGCACCCAGGGGUGUCUAUUGACAAUGAGAUUGUGGAGCCCAACCCACAGCACGUGGCAGCUUACAAAGAGCUGGUGAAUCAAGCUCCAGACCUGCAGAAUGUUUCUUUUAUUUGGCACCAGCUCACUUCCUUGGAAUAUGAACAGCAGGUGAAGGAGAAAGGCACACAUAAGAAAUUCGACUUCAUCCAUAUGAUCCAGAUGCUGUACCGUGUGGAGGAUAUUCCCAGUACUAUCAAGUUUUUCCACAGCUGCCUCGACCAUCACGGUAAACUCCUGAUCAUAAUUUUAUCAGACAGCAGCGGAUGGGCCAGCCUGUGGAAGAAGCACAGGGACUGCCUGCCCGCCACCGACAGCGGCCACUACAUCACCUGCAGCGGCAUCACCGAGGUGCUGCGGGCGCUCGGGGUGCAGCACCGCGUGUACGAGUUCCCCUCGGGCUGGGACAUCACCGAGUGCUUCUCCGAGGGGGACGCGGUGGGCGGCCGCAUGAUGGAUUUCCUGACCGGCACCAAAAACUUCCUGGGCACGGCGCCCGCGGCGCUGCGGCGGCGGCUGCGGGAGGCGCUGCGCCAGCCCGAGUGCAGCAGCACCAGGGACGGCAGGGUCAUCUUCAGCAACAACCUCAGCAUGAUCGUGGUGGAGCCCUAGAGCCCGCAGCCUGCCCGGACUGCUUUUUUAACGCUGUGCUGUCCGUGCCUUCACGGGGACUCCACUUUGCUGUGUAGGCAGCAUGUUUGCACAUCUGCAGGGGAGCCUGCAGCACCUGUGCAGCUGGGAGGAGGUGGCAGCCGCUGUGCUGGCCCUCUGCAGACCCACUGCUUCCCUGAGUGCCAGCACAAAACCAGCAGGAUGUCCCUGCUGCUUUGCACCCAGGUAAUGUCACCGCACCCAGAGCUGUCAGCUGCUCUGCACUAGGUUAUUUCACAUGGUUUUAUCAGCAUUUACUGCCCCAAGUCUCUCAGCGUCUCACAAUAUAGACAUGUCUUAA